AUGACGAUCGUGGUGAAGAACACUGAUGUUGCUGGGGUCGACGAUGACUUCAAGGAAAUCGCAAAUGCUGAUAUUGAGAAACUUCUCAAACAAUUGACACAAGAGGAGAAAGUGGCCCUGCUAAGUGACCAUCGAAACGAAACAGAGAGUCAGCUAACAGGAGCAACAGGGGAGGACUUCUGGCACACGGUCCCUGUCCCUCGUCUUGGAAUCCCUUCAAUCCGUCUCUCUGAUGGCCCCAACGGUGUUCGUGGAACACGAUUUUUCGGCAGUGUCCCAGCGGCCUGUCUACCGUGUGGAACAGCAAUUGGCGCGACGUUCGACCGAGACCUCGCAUUAGAAGUCGGUCACUUGCUAGCGGCCGAAGCAAAAGCGAAAGGCGCACAUGUUAUUCUGGGGCCGACAAUUAACAUUGCGCGCGGUCCAUUGGGCGGACGAGGCUUUGAGUCCUACUCAGAGGAUCCAUUAUUAUCCGGUAUUCUUGCUGGGUCUUAUUGUCAAGGGUUAAAAGAGCGAAACAUCAGUGCUACCUUGAAACACUUUGUUUGCAAUGAUCAGGAGCAUGAGCGGAUGGCAGUCAGCUCUAUUGUCACCGAUCGGGCAUUGAGGGAAAUUUACUUACUUCCCUUCAUGAUUGCUAUUUCCCUGGGAAAGCCAGAUGCUAUUAUGACAGCUUACAACAAGGUCAACGGGACACAUGCAGCUGAGCAUCCAGGACUCUUACAAAAUAUUCUUCGUGAUGAAUGGAAAUGGGAUGGGCUAGUUAUGAGUGACUGGUUCGGAACGUACAGUACCUCCGAAGCUGUGAAUGCAGGCCUUGACCUUGAAAUGCCGGGCCCGCCAAGAUGGAGAGGCUCAGCACUCACCCACGCCAUAACUGCAAACAAGGUCCCCCUUGCAGCAUUGAAUGCCCGCGUUCGCGCAGUCCUAAAACUGGUCCAAAAAGCAAGCAAGUCAGGAGUUCCUCAGAAAUACCCAGAAACACAAUUAAACCGCCCUGAAGACAGAGCGCUCCUGCGAAGGAUUGCUUCGGAAGCCAUCGUUCUGUUGAAAAAUGACCAAAACAUCCUCCCACUGAACAAGAACAAGAAAGUUGCUGUCAUUGGUCCCAAUUCUAAGAUCGCUACAUACUGUGGUGGUGGGAGUGCUGCAUUAAAUCCAUAUUAUACUGUUACUCCCUUUGAUGGGAUAUCUCAGUCUGCCACAGCAGACGUCGAGUUUUCACAGGGCGUGUAUGCCCACCAGAUGCUUCCAGUCUUAGGGAAGCAGCUUCGCACUGAAAGUGGGGAGACUGGCUUCAAGCUGAGUAUCUUCAAUGAUGCCCCCGGCGUACCUACAAGGAAACCCCUUGAAGAACGACAUGAGACAGAUGGAAUGAUUAUUUUCAUGGACUAUAGCCAUCCACAGCUGGCGUCAAUCUGGUACGCUGAUGUAGAGGGUUACUUCACACCCGAAGAGUCUGGUCUAUAUGACUUUGGCCUUGCCGUCUAUGGAACGGGCAAGCUCUACGUCGAUGGACAGUUGCUUAUCAACAACGCCGACAAGCAAACCCCCGGCACAAGCUUCUUUGGCUGCGGAACAGUGGAGGAGACCGGGUCUUUAGAACUCGUCGCUGGCCAGAAGUACAAUGUCCUCGUUCAAUGGGCAUGCAGCAAGACAAGCACUUUCAAAGUUCCUGGCGUCGUUGACUUUGGCAAUGGAGGCUUCCGUUUCGGUGCCUGCAAGCGACUCCAGCCUCAAACCGGCAUUGAGGAAGCUGUCAAAGUGGCUGCAAGUGUUGAUCAAGUAGUCCUUGUGGCGGGCCUAAGUGGGGAAUGGGAAUCAGAAGGCGAGGAUCGCGCUACAAUGAGUCUACCCCCUCACACGGAUGAACUCAUCGCAAAGGUCUUGCAGGCGAACCCAAAUACAGUGGUCGUUCUGCAAAGUGGUACCCCGGUGAGCAUGCCCUGGAUCCAUGAUGCUAAGGCCAUCUUACAUGCCUGGUAUGGAGGAAAUGAGACCGGUAAUGGUCUGGCUGAUGUGAUUUUUGGUGACGUGAAUCCAUCUGGCAAGCUACCUCUCACAUUCCCGAAGCGUAUUCAGGAUAAUCCUACUUUCUUUAACUACCGCUCUGAAGGUGGAAGGGUUCUCUAUGGUGAAGAUGUGUACGUCGGAUACCGGUACUAUGAGGGAUUGGACCUUGAGCCUCUUUUCCCCUUUGGACAUGGUCUCUCCUACACAAGUUUCGAGAUCUCGGACUUGACAUUAAGCAGAGAUUCAAAUACUGCUUUACAAGUCAGUUGCAAGGUGCGGAAUACAGGUCUCAAGCAUGGUGCCGAGGUGGUUCAGGUAUACGUCGCGCCUGUUUCACCUCCAAUCAGGCGACCUAUCAAAGAGCUUAAGGAAUUCCAAAAGGUCCUUCUUAAAAGUGGCCAAGAAAAGACAAUUACCAUUCCAUUAGAUAUUGUUCGCGUGACAAGUUAUUGGGAUGAGAAGACCAACAGCUGGUGCAGUCAUGAAGGAGCCUACAAAAUCCUAGUGGGAACCAGCAGUCGAGGAACUUUCCUAGAAAGCUCGGUAGACAUAACCGAGACAACAAACUGGACUGGUGGAUGGUAA